CCCUGGUCGCUGUGCACGUCGCUGGGGGGCGCGCACGUCACGACGACGCUCAAUCUCAGUCAGCAGAGCGCAGGGCACACACACACACACACACACACACCAGGCGAUAUAAACUGACAGGAGCAGGGUUAAAUUGACCCUGGCCUGCCACCUGGUGUGGAGGCCUGUUACCCAGGGAGGAGGCCUUGCUGGGUGGGAGGAAACAUGAUGAGCGGGAAGAGCCUGUUGUUGAAGGUGAUCCUGCUGGGGGAUGGUGGAGUGGGCAAGUCCUCCCUAAUGAACCGCUACGUCACAGACCGCUUCGACUCUCAGUCCUUUCACACCAUCGGUGUGGAGUUUCUCAACCGGGACCUGGAGGUGGACGGGCGCCUGGUUACUCUUCAGAUCUGGGACACAGCAGGUCAGGAGCGCUUUAAGUCCCUGCGUACGCCCUUCUACCGAGGCGCCGACUGCUGUCUGCUCACAUUCGCUGUGAACGACCUGCAGAGUUUCCAGAACCUCGGCUGCUGGAAGAAGGAGUUCAUGUACUACUCUGACGUUAAAGACCCUGAGCGGUUUCCUUUCGUGGUACUUGGCAAUAAGGUAGACAUGGAGCAGAGGGAAGUGGGGGAAGAUGAAGCACGGGCGUGGUGCGAAGAGAACGGCUGCUGCCCUUACUUCGAGACUAGUGCUAAGGAUGACACUAAUGUCACGGCUGCAUUCGAGGCAGCUGUCAGGGAGGUUCUGGCUGCUGAAGACCAGAUUGACCAUGCACUACUGAGUAGUACUAUUGAUCUACAUGGCAACCGCAAAACCUCUCGCACGUCUUGCUGCUGAUUUGUCAGAUCUUUCGGGAGAAGCAGAGAGCUAAUGUAUUUUCUGGGCACAGACAGUGCGAGGGACAGAUAUUGUACUUGGAAACUCCCAACAUCGGUACGAUGACAAAUAUGAUUUGAGGUACGAGAAAGGGGAAAUGAUUGCUGCUCUCAAAAGAAAGACGACCUUGUUUGUCUUCAGUGGUAAGGGAAUUGCGAGCUUUAAUUUUGCAGCUCUGAGCGUGUAAGUACAAGGUACGAGCUAUCGGGAACGCUCUUACUCAUUUGACUAUUUUAUCUGUCGUUGCACUGCUGUGUAGCAGGAGGUGUCAGGUUGUCAGAUAAUUUUACGUACAUGGGGCCUGUUUACUAAGUGAGGUUCAGUCAGUGUUCUCUCAAAGUUCAAAGAUAAUGCUGCUUUUGCUACUGUUGUUCAUCAACUGCUGUUUAUUUUUCUGUGAAGCGCGUUUCCAUCCGCCGUUCAUUACAUUUUUCUUUCUUUUUUUUUUUUACAGGCAUUGUGUGAUAUUUUCAUUAGGCUUCAGUGCUUGAUCAAGGCUUGAUUAAAGUCUGUUUUCCCGAUGUAUAAGUGAAGUUAUAAUUAUUAGGAUUAACAAUAAUUUUCACUAUUAUGUGUCUGCCUUGUUGAUUGGCAGGGCUUAACAUUCCAGUCCUGUAGUUUUUUUCUUCUUUUUUCUCCUUUUCUGAAGGUCUCCUGUGCUUUACAUUAUAUUACAUACACCUUGUGCUGUCAAGUCUGUUCAUUCUAGGUCUCAGCUGAAUAUUAAACAGCCUCAGCAGAAGGACACAGCCGUUAAGACCUGCAACGUGUGCAUUGUGCAUCACCCAGUUCAUACAGUACUGGGUGAAAAUAUACAACUGAGUUUUCUGACAACUAAAUGAUGUUUACUUGUUUUCAGCUGGGUGGUACUUUAGUUUUGACUUUCAGUGUUUUUAAUACAGACUGACUUAGAUUUGAGUUUGUCCCUUUUGGUUUUGCUGCUAUAGGCCAGAGGGCUUUGUUGUUUGGCUGCACAGUUUGAGUAAAUAAUAUGCCUGACAUUCAAUGCUUCAAGUCUAACAUAGUCUAAUUUCAUUCUCAUCAGUAUUUUGAUUGCUGCUGGAAUAUUGUUUUAUAUUUCAUCCAGUCAUACCCGUUUCAUAAAUAAGAUAACUGUUUUCUUGCAACCACAGAUAGCCUCCAUUAUAGUUCAUGUUCUCAUACUUUUUUUUCUCUUGCAGUAUGUUGAAGGUCUUGUGUAUUCUCUCAGCCUGAGAUCACGUUAUCUGCCUUUCAAAUGAAAACAUGCAUCAUGUCUUAGUGUGUGCAUGCAGACUAACGGUUAACUGUGAAAGUGAGCCGAAUCCAACCAGGUACAGUCAUAUUUACUUAAUACAUGGAACUUUUGGUUUAAUGCAGGCUUAAAACAAACAGCUUGUUCAUGUGAUUACUGGUAACGUUUUUAUAAGGUGUGGCGACUAGUGGUACUCACAGCGUAGGGAGAGAAACUUUAUUAACUGUGAACUGAGUAGGGCAUUUUAACAAAAUGAAGCUGGUACAUUAAUUCAAAGCAAAAAUGAGGGCUGUUAUCAUUUGUAAGUGUUAAUAUUUUCUGGAUUUAACAGAAUAUUUUGUCUCUUUACUGUAUUUCAGUUUUUAUCCUGUUCAGAUGUAGCCUACCACAGUGUUUACCUGGAAUCUGUAUAAGAUGGUAGCAUAACCCUACAGUAUGUUACCCUCAUGAUGCUGUCUUAUUUUCACUGCAACCCAGACUAAUGUCAGUAUUUCUUUUCAUGUUUCUGUAAUAUUUAUGAAUGUAAAAGAAAAUUUCUUUGGGCCGUCCAUAUUAAUGGCUUAUGUAAAUCGCAAAGGGCAUUCAUUUUAUAAUAAUGUACAAAAUGACACCGAACGUCUGUUUCACCCUCAGUGCUCGACUCAUGAGAGUGAUUGAAGCUGUGUGAGAGUCAGACUGUUCAUCUUGAUUAUGCGUUGAUCUAAUGGACAACUUCCCCUUAUUCCUCUUUUUGCACUACAGAGGAUAGAGACGGCGUGCCAACAUGCUGGCAAAGUGGUGUAUACUCUCCAGUGCUUGGCUACAAAUAAAACACGCAACAUACCAAAUGAGAUUCUAUCUUGUCAGUGCUUUUUGUGCUUAUGCCUUGAAAAUUCAUGAAAGUAUCGGGGCUUGAAAAAUGACUUUCAAGCUUGAAAACAAAAAACUAUUUUUAAAAUGGGUCACUCAAACUAAUCGGUAUACUUCGGCUCUCUCCGCUUUGCUGUUCUGUAUGGUGGGAUCAUUUUCAGCAUCGGGAGGGGGGAAAAUGAAGCAUUACUGUUGUUUGUCAGCAAGACCACAAGUAAAACAUAGGUCAUGAAUUUUUACCCGCAAAUGUAGCUCGUUUGAAUUUCAUCAUGCAAGACCUUGAAAGUUCUUGAAUGACCAAGUAUGUCUGUGGACCCAGGAGACGGUGAACACUGUUUAUUCCUCCUUCAUUAAAAAGAAUAUCGAGCAUGCACCACACACCGAGAAAUUAAAAAGAAAAAAACCUUUUUCAUCAAGUCUGCAUUCAAACUACAUCUUUUUAAAUCUUAAAUGUACAGAAAGUACAGGUUGUAUAGUCACUGGUCAAAUGCAGAAAAUCAUAAGCAUAAAUCUGAAUUGUUAUGGCUCAGUUCCCAACUGCAUUUCUACCAUUUUACAACUUCACAUAGCAACACACUAUAGCCUCUAUUUCAA